AUGAAUCAUCUCUCUCAACAACAACCAGUCGUACAAAACAAUUCUCAACUCAACCAUGUCUUGUUUCAAGCCUUUAGUACUUCGAAUAACUCUAACAGCGCAACAACAAUGAAUAAUAAUAACGGACAAGUCAUGAUGGGAAAUACUGGAUCCAUGAAUAUGUUCAAUGGCACUACUGGUGGGAAUCCAAUGAACUUGAACUCGUCAUCGAUGGAUGUUCAAAUGAUGUCAAAUGCCAAUACUACAAUGAAUCAUAAUAACAAUAAUACGACAUUGAUGAUUGAUCAGAAUACUUUGAAUAGUUUAAUGAUGCUCUUGAAUAACGGCAAUAACCAAAUGAAUUCUAUGAAUCAUAAUAAUAAUAGAAUGGGUAGUGGUGGUAGUAACAACAACUAUCAAAUGUUACCGAACAAUACUACAUUCAUGAUGGAUGAAAGUAACAAUAAUUUAGUCUUUGGAAAUGAUUUUACAAUGCCUAUCGAAGGAUUUCUCGAUUCUCCCACUGCUAAUACUUCGAACACAUUCCUGAUCAAUGGUCAACUUUUGAAUUCUCCGACCAAUACAACUACAACAGGCUCGAUGGGAUCCUUUGCAAACACGUACGAAGGAACCAACAUGUCAAAUGCCAAUAGUAUGAAUAGUAUCGAUCCAGUGCAAUUGCAAGCAUUAAUGCAAAUAUUUGCGGCAUCAUCAGGUCAACAACAACAACCACAAUCGUCGACUUCGUCCUUCAAUUUCACACAAGCAUUGAUUUCAAAUCCAAAUCAACCACAACAAGUAUUCAUGACCUCUCCUUCUUCUUCACAACAACAACAGAAUUUGACAUUUGUCUCGUUACCAUCCACUACUUCGAACGAUCAUCAUUUUGUGAAUAAUAAUUUGACAAAUUCUCAACAACAACAACAACCAUUGAGCAAUUUGAUGUUCCAAACCGGUCACACCACCAACACUGUCAAUAACAAUACAAAUAAUGGAGGUCUAUUUGGAAAUUUGAUCAUGUCAUCCAAUGCUAACGUGAUGACCACUGCUGUCAACAACUCGACAACAACACCUUCAGAAAAUGAUCCAAACAAAAUUGACCAAACUCUGUACCAUAUUCUGGUCCAAUAUUUAUCUUCAAAUGUCAAUCAUCAAAAUCUAGUAUUGGAUUGGCUUAAACAAUUCAAUCCAAACAUUUCAACUUUGGGCUCUUCAACAGAUUCCAUUAAUACCAUGGCCUUUAAAUUGAUCGAAUCCAUGAGUGAGGAUCAGAAACGAAAAUUGUAUUUCGUGGUCAUGCAUGUGUUAAAUCAGCCACAACAAGUUUCACAAGUGCAAACGUCACCUUCUCUUCAACAACGAAAUCAAUUGGUCAACUCGACUUCAAUGAAUUCACCAAAUUUGGUGAAUGCCAACAAUAAUGGAUUUUUAAAUUUGAAUAACAACAACAAUACGAUGGUCAUUGGUAACAACAACAACACAAGUGUUGGAAUGACCUCUCCACAGCAGCAACAAGGACAAUUUAACAACAAUCGAUUUGUCAAUAACACUCCAUUAAUGAAUCAUGCAACAGCACAACAACAACCCAUGGAGAAUGUCAAUUUUGACACUUCUCAACAACAAGGAAAUUUGCAAUCCCCUCAAAUGCAAUCUCGUCUCAUCGUUGUCAACACCAAUUCUGCCAAUAGCAGUAACAAUAGCUCUCCAAACGUUAUGAAUUCUCCAUCCAAUAAGAGUACAAAUAUGAGCCUUUCAUUUUCUCAACAACCAGUGGUCAACAAUAAUUCCAACACUACAUUUGUCUUUGAAAAUUAUGCCCAAAAUGGAGUUUCUAAUGGACCAUUAGGUCUCAAUAAUGGUGGUAUCACUGUGGCGGCAGCAAAUACGACACUCACUUCACAACAAUCAUCCUCAAAUCAAUCACAGCAACCAUCCAAUGUCAACAACAAUUCUGCAAAUGACAAUGCUUCCUCUUCUCCAAGUUUACCAACCAUGCACACCAAAUCCAAGAGAAACACUUGGACUAAUUUUUACAAUAAUCACAUUAAGGAAAUUGCACAAGAUAAGACCUAUAGAGAUUGGGCCGUUGGUGACAACCCACAAAAUACUUCUCAAACGAAUGCCAGUAGCAGCAAUUCAUCCACAACUAAUACUACUAACAAUGGAGGCAAUAAUAAUAACAAUAACAGUGGAAGUACUCCAUCAUCACCCUCUCCUUCCAACAAUUCCAUUCAUCGCAGAACCAAGAGAAGCAAUUCUGCUGGUCCUGGCUCACGAAGAAAAAAGUCCUUCGAUCGUAGCGAUGGUGACGAUUUCACACCCGUUUCACCAGGCGCCUUGAGUGCAGGAAGUGAAGGAUCUCGUAGGAGUAACAGUUCUGACAAGAGUCGAAAGAGCAUUGAAAAGCAACGUAAAGUGAGAAAUAGUAUUGGAGGAACCACUCGAAGAAGCAGUGCCACGACUCCAACGACUCUUGAAGAAUUUACUGAUUUGUUUGGAGGACUUGAUUUUGAAAAGACGAAUAUUAGUGGUGGUACUGGUGCUGGAAAUGUUUCAAGUUGUAGCGGAGGAGGAACUGGUAUUGGCACUGGUGGAUUAUUGGAAAAUGAACUCGGUGGAGGAGAUGGAGAUUUCAAUUUUGGUAAUCUUGAUGAAUUCUAUGAAGAAUUUCAACCUACUAAUGUGGUUCCUGCAACAACCACCUCCACUACUAAUACUUACACAUUCCAUGAUUUUGAUAUGAAUGAUCGAGAUGAAAAGAAGAAAAAACCAACAAACAUCAAGUAUUCUUUGGUUAAUUUUGUCAAUCAAGCAUUUAACAGAAAGAAGAAAUGA